AUGCCGCAGCGGCACUCGAAGAACAACAACGACCUCGCCUUCUUCACCUACGAGGAGAAGCGGAAGCUCGGGUACGGCACCCAGCGGGAGCGGCUCGGCAAGGACUCCAUCAAGCCCUUCGACGCCUGCUGCCUCUGCCUCAAGCCGCUCAUCGACCCGCUCGCCUGCCCCAAGGGCCACACCUUCUGCAAGGAGUGCAUCCUCGAGUGCCUCCUCGCGCAGAAGAAGGACAUCAAGCGCAAGCUUAUAGCUCAUGAUUCCCAGAAAAAGCAAGAGAAGGAAGAGGAGGAGGAGAAGCUGGUGCUGCAAAAAUCCAAGGAGUUGGAUGCUUUUGAUCAGCAGAAUCAUGGAGCAGUCCCCCAGUACUAUGAUCGCAGCGGUUCCCAAGACAAGAAUGGUUUUCAUGGAGCCAACAGUGUGAAGACUACCUCCUUUGAAGAGGAAGCCCUACGCACCAUGAAGGCGUUUUGGCUUCCGUCAGCUACACCCGAAGCCACUGUCAAGGUAGAUGCUCCUUCUACUGACACAAUCUGUCCCGAGGGGCAGGAGAAGCUCAAGCUGAAAUCACUCUUCCCUAUUUCUUUCACCGAGGAGAACGCUCGUCAGAAGAGCAGUAAGUCAGUGGAGAAAAGCUACAUCUGCCCCAGCUGCAAGUCCAAUCUCACAAACACAAUGUCCCUGGUGGCGAUCAGCACCUGUGGCCAUGUCUUCUGCAAGAAGUGCUCGGACAAGUUCAUAGCAACAGAUAAGAACUUAGGGCCUCUUUGGAACUUCUGGAAGGAUAAAAAAAAUCUGCAAUCCAAAGAGUCCCUAGUGGUUGGCACAGGAAAAAUUGUUGAUAGAAUCUCCCUUCCUGACCUUACUAUAGAGGUCACAAAAAGGAGAUUGGCACUGCUUGGUGCUGGGGCAUUAUCCACUGUCCUGUUAAACAGCAGCUCUGCAGAUGCUGAAGAAGUACCAAAGAAUUACCGCUCUUACGUCGAUGCAAACGACGGAUAUUCGUACCUCUACCCAGCUGAUUGGAGGGAUUUCGACUUCUUGGGCCAUGAUUCAGCGUUCAAGGACCGUAAUGUGCAGCUGCAGUCUGUCCGUGUGGCCUUCAUUCCUACUCAGAAAACAGACAUUCGUGACCUAGGCCCAAUGGAUGAGGCGAUCUUCAAUUUGGUAACCGAAGUGUACGCUGCUCCGAACCAGAUACCAACGAUCUAUGAAAUGCAAGAGCGUACGGUGGAUGGCAGGAACUACUGGACGUUUGAGUACGAUCUGGAGGCGCCGGGCUACGGCGUGUCGGCGUUUGCGACGGUCGCCAUCGGGAACGGGAGGUACUACACGCUGAUCGUGACGGCUAACGAGCGCCGGUGGAGCAGGCUGCGCAACAGGCUCAAAGUCGUCGCCGACUCCUUCAAGAUCUACGACUUGAACGCCUGA